AUGACCGGUGAAUCGCCAGAUCCCUCUACAGCUAAGGACCAGGAAGAACUGGCUUCCAGUAAUGACAGCCAGAAAACCCAUUAUAUCAGCAAUUCCACGUCUGAUACCGAGGAGGUCAGUGUAGGGUCGUCCAAUAUUGACUACGCACCAGAUGGUACUAUCCACAUUUCUCCAGAGGGAAACACAACAUCGAUUCCUCCUCCACACGAAUAUGGGAACACAGAGCCGGAGUCUGGAAACAACUUGCGUCUUUUCAACAAUGUUGAAGAGGGAUCCCAUACUGCUGAACUUGAAGAGGCACCUAGGGUCACUCCGGGUUCAGAAGCCGCUGCAGCUUCUGAUGUUCGUCACCAGGAAGAGGAUCCCGGAUUGGAAAUGGGACGCCCAACCAUCUCCCUGAACGACGACAAACACCACGAUACCAGUGCACUUGACGACAUCUCGGAGUAUACUGCAGGUAGAACCUCUAAAACUGUUCCAGCGAGCUUCAAAGAGAAUGCAAUUGGUAGCAGCGACGAAGCUAGCGGACAGUCACCCUCUGGCGAGAGUUUCCCGGAGGGAAUCCGCAUCUACCACCUUCACGAAGGCCCCGAGGAAAGGACAGUAGUAGAUGUCGUGGCUGUUCACGGUCUCGGAGGCCACGUAGAGCAUACAUGGAAACACCCCGAGAACGAUAUGUGGUUGAGAGACCCAAAGCCAGGUGGCCCUGAAUGGGGAAGAAAUGCCAGGAUCAUGGCAUUUGGAUACCAGACGCAGGGAUCGAGAAUCUUCACUAUUGCAGAGAACUUGCUAAGUGAUCUCUCAGAUAAUAGGAUGCGAGAACGAGUUGAGUAUAGCUCCUUGCGAGAUCCUCCAAGUUCGAGGGCUAAUCUAUAUAAACAGGAGAAGCGCAGAUCCAUCGUCUUUAUCGGACACUGCCUCGGAGGCAUUAUCAUAAAAGCUGCUCUUGCUCACGCCCAUAACCACCGGUCUCAGUUUAAAAACAUCAUUGAAUCUACACGGGCUAUAGUUUUCUUCGCAACGCCACACCAUGGAUCGAGCCGCGAGAACUGGCUUCAUUACAUAGAUUCAUUGGAGGGAGUUAUUAAUAUAGAACGUCGAAUACUCGACGAGCUGUGCACAUGGUCGCAAGAAUUGGUCACGAGGACAGCAGGCUUUAGCAACAUUGCCUCUCGCCUUGAUAUCACGACGUUUUACGCCACAGGAGUUAUCUAUGGAAGGAAUAGAAUACUAAAUUUCCUGCGCAAGGUUGUGCAUGAGGGUUCUGCGCGCCUGGGACUCCUAGAGGAGCGAGUUGCUAGCCUUAAUGCGAGUCACCAGGACAUAUGUCGGUUCAGGCUAACCGACGAUAACUAUCGACGAGUCUCAAAGAGGCUUCAUAAUAUCAUUCGAUCUGUCAAGGCAAACUCAUUGAAGACCAGUCUAGGAUAUAGUCAGCUUAGGGAAGACUGCAUUAACUCGCUAGAAACAUAUAAGUCUCGAGACGUAUAUCACAACCAUGAGGCCCUUGCAGCUACAACGUGGAAAUGGAUCCAGUCCCAGGGGAAUUUCAAGCUGUGGCACCAGCAACCGUCAGGCAUAUUCCUCCUCUCAGGUGAACUUGGAUAUAAUAAAAGCAUUCUCACUGAACGCAUCGCGCCGCGACUAUUGAACGGGAAUAUGCAGGCUAUAGUUUUUGACGCGUGGACGCCAGAUCAACAACAAAACGAGGCAAAGAUUAUCCAAACCUUACUCCGGUCAGCCUUGAAGCGAAGGGAGUCGUUUAUCGAGGACCUCGAAAUCAUAGAAAGAUACCAGGAGCUUAGCAACGGGGCCAAUGAGAGGGUUGAAUGGCCAUGUAAUGUCCUGCGAGAGCUUCUGAAUUCCCUGUUGUUCUAUGAGUGCCGCGAGCCUACCUAUGUUAUUAUCGACGCUCGUCAUGAAGCUGCAGAGCGUUAUGUUUCGGGCAUCGUUGAGUUGCUGCGAAAGGCGACUUCACAGACAAAUCGAUUCAACUUCAAGGUACUCGUCACGUUCCGCCACGACAACCUCAGAUUAUUGUUCCCCAGCGAGACUAAGCACGUUUCAUUGGACUGUGUUGAAGGCCUCGGAAGAACCAUAUUUCAGUGGAUUCUGUUUGCCAAAGAGCCUUUAAGACUAGAUGAAUUACGAGUCGGAGUCAACCUGGGUAGGCGCGAAAGCAAUUCCCCAAUCCUCAGAGACUUUGAGAUCAAGGCCCGCGAAGCCUGUCAUGAGCUCAUCUAUUGUGACGGAGACUUUGUCUACGUUGUCGACCCCCCUUCCACGCGGGACUAUUUGAUAGAGAAGAUCAUAAGCGCAUCGAAUCAGGGUGGGCCAAUGGCGGUCCAAAAGUCUUCUCACUCCGCAAUUGCAAGAAGGUGUCUUGAAUAUCUCACUUCCCAACCGCCAUAUGAUGAUAGAGGCUCCACGGAGCCGUUUGGAAAAUACGCUAUGCAAUACUGGUCAACCCAUACAAAUGAGGCGCCUGACGGCUUGGGAGACUUGGUACGCAAGCUUGCAAUUCACGAGAAUGCGUCGUACUAUUGCUGUGAAUCAAGAAAAGCUCGAGGAAUUCCGAACUCCAAAGAUCUUCGUGUACUGCAUAUCGCAAGUGAACUAGGCCACGAAAUAGUAGUUGAUGAACUAAAGACAAGCAAAGAUCUCAAUAGCAGAGAUGAUUGCGGUCGAACUCCUCUACUGCUGGCCAUCAUGAACGGACACAAGGCAGUCGUGGAGGUGCUCCUGAAGCAACCCGGCAUCGACGUCAAUAAAGAAGACGAUGAGACCUUUACUGCUUUAUCGCUAGCAGCGAAGAACGGACAGGACACUAUUUGCCGCCUUUUACUCGAUAAACGCGCAGAUGCUAACAAGAAGACGAACGGACUCAAGCCAGUGUAUAUUGCCGCCCUGCACGGUCACGAGAAUGUAGUAAGUAUAUUGAUCGGUGCAACGGAAAAUGGACCAGACAAUGGCAUCGACCCGACUUUUCUUCAUCUAGCGGCUAGAGAAGGCAGCAAGAAAGCGGUAGUGAUAUUUCUCAAAGAAUCGCCAAAGGACAUUGAGACUGCAGAUUCAGAAGGACGAACGCCACUCUAUCUUGCAAUGCAAGAAAACCGACCCCAAGUAGCCUCCCUGCUUGCCACCGAACUACACAAAAGAGGAACAGAAAUCAAUGACAUGCGCACUAAAAAGGGACAGACUCUUCUCUCUCUCGCUUUAGAGAAGGGCAGCCCAAGAGCUACAGACCUGCUACUUGCUUUCGGAGCAGAUGCAAAUGGAAGAGACAGCUCGGGAGAUUUUCCAUUGCAUGUGGCUGUUAAGGGCGUGUUUGAUGAUGUGAAGCUGGUGUUGGACUAUGGGGGGUCAGUGAAUCAAACUAAUCGGUCCGGCAAGACGCCGCUCCAUGUAGCUGCAGGAUGUCAGAACAGUGCCGUCGAAAUUAUUGAGUUCCUGAUUGAGAGAAACGCUGAUGUUACUGCGCGAGAUGCCAACGGUGAUACUCCUCUUCACGCUGCUGCUGGCACUGGGGGGAUACAGGUAGUCCAAGUGCUCUUGAAUCAUGGAGGAUAUGCGGUGAAUGCAAGGAACCGAAGCGGCCAAACUCCUCUCCAUAAGGCCGCGUCAGGAAAAUACGCUCAAGUGGUACGCACUCUGAUCAUGUACGGAGCCAAUCUCGAGCUGCAGGACUACCAAGGAAGAACUCCUCUGCAUGCAGCAACAGUAGAGAAGGAGAGUAAUGAGACAAUCAAGAUCCUUCUCCGAGCAGGCGCAAAUAAGGAGGCGAGAGACUAUCAAGACCAAACAGCCAAACAUAUAGCAGAAAAGGGAGACAGUGCCCAGGUUGUUCUCGAACUGAGAGCUGGUAUCCCCCCAAUUCCAGAGAAUGACGAGGAGUGGCACAUGCAAGCUUGUAUCUCCUUACAAAACCCACCUUUUUUCCCCAAGUGGAACGAAGAGGCUCUCAGUCGUUGUGAAGUUGCUGCGCAGAGGGUGAAGGUGGUCAUGCAGGAGUACAAUGUAAACUCAUGUUAUAUUCCAGCACUCUUCAAACUCACGCGGUACAAUAUUGUAAUUCUCUGUGACAAUAGUCGAUCGAUAGAGACAUACGGGAGGCAAAAUCUGCUCGAGACAACCCUCCUCCGAAUAGCUGAGAUUACAGCCGACCUGACUGGGACGGGCGCAUCAGUGCGGUUUUUGAAUGGCCGCAGCGAGUGGAAUGAUCUAAACGUGCAGGAUAUCAAGAAGAAGGUGAAUGAAGGAGGCAUCAUGUAUUUUUCCAACACAAGACUAGGCAGCAGGCUGGAUAAACUGGUUAUCAAGCCAAUGCACUUAAAUCCAAAGUGCCAGAAGCCAAUCAUGACAAUAAUAAUCACAGAUGGAAAGCCUCACGGGGAACCGGAGAGCACUCUUCAACGCAAAAUCCUCGAAUACAAGCGGCACACAAAGGCAGACAGAAAGUCGAUCUUCCUAUUCUCGCAGGUUGGCUCUGAUGCAGCAGGCACUGCGUUCCUUAAAGAGGUUGAAAGAGACAAUGGGAUCAAAGACAUGGUGUUCUGCUCGCAGGAGAAACUAGAUGAGCUGCUGGAACGCGCCAAGGGAGCUGAAAGCGAUGUGGACAAAAGAUAUGCUUCUCUUUUAAUCGAGCUGUUCUCGGCUGCAGUUGCAAACCGCAUAGGGUAG